AUGCAGCUAAGAACGUGUUGGAAUCCGUCCGUCCAGACUGUGAUUUUAGCUCCCACACGAGACGAAUUCGUGACUGGAUUUUCGCAUGAGAACAAUGUCAAGACUACUUUGGCGAAUGGGCAACGUCAUCAAGCCCUUCCUUCUGGGGUUGCGAGUAAGGCCUGCCACACUGAACUGACUGACACAGAUCGCAAUCGAACACCCGCCAAAUUUGAGAUCCUGUCUCCUAUGUAUGGUGAACAACUCGCUAGAGGCAUGGUGAUCGACACCCAGCAACUGGCGGUGCGAUAA